AUGUUUCUGCAUUACAGCAGCAGCAACAGCAGCAGCAGCAGCAGCAGCAGCAGGAGAAAGAGCGAGAGCCGUAGCAGAAAAAAUGGUAGCAGCACAGAAGCAGCAGCAGCAGCAGCAGGAGCAAGAGCAGCAGCAGCAGCAGCAGCAGCAGCAGAAGAGGAAUAUAAUUCAAGUAACAAUCAUCUACCAGAAGCAGCAGCAGCAGCAGCAGCAGCAGCAAUAGCUGCAGCAACACCAUCACCACCACAACCGGCAGCAGCAACACCCCGAACAACAGUAUCAUCAACAGCAGCAGCAAAAGCAGCAACACCAAUAACAACAGCAGCAGCAGGAGCAGCAACACCAAUGGCCGCAGCAGCAGCAGGAGCAGCAACACCAAUAGCCACAGCCGCCGCAGCAGCAGCAGCAGCAACACCAAUAGCUGCCGCCGCCGCCGCCGCCGCCGCAGCAGCAGCAGCAGCAGCCGCAGCAGCAGCAGCAGCAGCAGCAGGAGCCGUUGGUUACCUGUGCUAG